AUGUGUUUCAAUUCUUUCGAACAAGAGAGGUUUGAUGCUUUUGAAUCCAUUGUAUUAAUUCCACUUCCUACUCGCGGUAUGCUCUUUAUGAUCUCGGCUUAUGAUUCAAUUGCCAUGUAUUUAGCUAUUGAGCCUCAAAGUUUAUGUUUUUAUGUGAUCGCAGUAAUUAGUAGGGAACCCAUGGAUUUGACUCUGGGAUUGGGGAAUUCCGUGACACCCCUGCCGGAGCCCAUAAUUCCCGAUCUGAAUCUUCCCCCCGAGGAACCCCCAGAAGAACCAUAUCAACCAUUAAUUCCUGGGGGGGGAAGUCUCUCGGUGGAGGAACAAAGGGCGAUAGACCGCUUUGUUCGCCAGCAAAACCGGCUGGUCCGGUGCGCGACACACAUGUUGCGGUCACUGGACUACUCCCCACAACCGGAAGACGUCAAGAAUGUCGUAGAGACAUUCAUCCUGGAGAUUGACUCCUUCCACUAUUCAGAAAUUUAUCUGGCACUAAUUGAUAGAGACUCCCCCCAGUUUCUACAUUUUCUUGAACUCUGGGAGGAGCAUCUCACAGUCACCGAUUCCCUAGUGCAAAAUAUAUUUCUGCUAUAA